AUGUACUUCCUGCGGCAGCUCAGGAAAGCCAAGCUGCAGUUCUACACGGCCAUCAUCGAGUCCAUCCUCACCUCCUCCAUCACCUCCUCCAUCACCUCCUCAUCACCUCCUCCAUCACCUCCUCCAUCUCCUCCUCCAUCACCUCCUCCAUCACCUCCUCCAUCACCUCCUCCAUCACCUCCACCAUCACCUCCACCAUCACCUCCUCCAUCACCUCCACCAUCACCUCCUCCAUCACCUCCUCCGUCACCUCCUCCAUCACCUCCUCCAUCACCUCCUCAUCGCCUCCUCCAUCACCUCCUCCAUCACCUCCUCCAUCACCUCCUCAUCGCCUCCUCCAUCGCCUCCUCCAUCACCUCCUCCAUCACCUCCUCCAUCGCCUCCUCCGUCACCUCCUCCAUCACCCUCCUCCAUCACCUCCUCAUCGCCUCCUCCAUCGCCUCCUCCAUCACCUCCUCCGUCACCUCCUCCAUCACCUCCUCAUCGCCUCCUCCAUCACCUCCUCCAUCACCUCCUCCAUCACCUCCUCAUCGCCUCCUCCAUCGCCUCCUCCAUCACCUCCUCCAUCGCCUCCUCCGUCACCUCUUCCAUCACCUCCUCCAUCACCUCCUCAUCGCCUCCUCCAUCGCCUCCUCCAUCACCUCCUCCAUCGCCUCCUCCGUCACCUCCUCCAUCACCUCCUCCGUCACCUCCUCCAUCACCUCCUCCAUCACCUCCUCAUCACCUCCUCCAGCACCUCCUCCAUCACCUCCUCCGUCACCUCCUCCAUCACCUCCUCCAUCACCUCCUCAUCGCCUCCUCCAUCGCCUCCUCCAUCACCUCCUCCGUCGCCUCCUCCGUCACCUCCUCCAUCACCUCCUCCGUCACCUCCUCCAUCACCUCCUCCAUCACCUCCUCAUCACCUCCUCCAUCACCUCCUCCAUCUCCUCCUCCAUCACCUCCUCCGUCACCUCCUCCAUCACCUCCUCCAUCACCUCCUCAUCGCCUCCUCCAUCGCCUCCUCCAUCACCUCCUCCAUCGCCUCCUCCAUCACCUCCUCCAUCGCCUCCUCCAUCACCUCCUCCAUCCCCUCCUCCAUCACCUCCUGCAUCACCUCCUCCAUCACCUCCUCCAUCACCUCCUCCAUCACCUCCUCCAUCACCUCCUCCGUCACCGUGUGGUUCGCUGGAGCCACAGUCAGGGACAAACAGAGACUACAGUGCAUUGUGCGCUCUGCAGAGGAAGUGA